GGCUCUUCACUCGCCAACACCGGGGAGGCCGGUGACCUCUUGGCCGCCCGCCUCGGAGGCUCAGAUGGCUCAGGCGAAAAUAAAUGCGAAAGCCAACGAGGGGCGCUUCUGCCGCUCCUCCUCCAUGGCGGACCGCUCCAGCCGCCUGCUGGAGAGCCUGGACCAGCUGGAGCUCAGGGUUGAAGCUUUGAGAGAAGCAGCAACUGCUGUUGAGCAAGAGAAAGAAAUCCUCCUGGAAAUGAUCCACAGUAUCCAAAAUAGCCAGGACAUGAGGCAGAUCAGUGACGGAGAAAGAGAAGAAUUAAAUCUGACAGCAAACCGACUGAUGGGACGAACCCUCACUGUUGAAGUUUCAGUAGAAACAAUUAGAAACCCCCAACAGCAAGAAUCCCUAAAGCAUGCCACCAGGAUAAUUGAUGAGGUGGUCAGUAAGUUUCUGGAUGAUUUGGAAAAUGCUAAGAGUCAUUUAAUGUCUCUGUAUAGUGCAUGUUCUUCUGAGGUGCCACCUGGGCCAGUUGAUCAGAAGUUUCAAUCCAUAGUCAUUGGCUGUGCUCUUGAAGAUCAGAAGAAAAUUAAGAGAAGAUUAGAGACUCUGCUUAGAAAUAUUGAAAACUCUGACAAGGCCAUUAAGCUGUUAGAGCAUUCUAAAGGAGCUGGUUCCAAAACUCUACAACAAAAUGCUGAAAGCAGACUUAAUUAAUGUUCAAAAUUAAGAACAUUUACAAAUGACAUAAAAAUGAUUAAACAUUUUAAAUAAUAACUAGGUCUUUGUUAGGGACAAUCACUCAUUUGAUACUGAAAGUUGAUUCAGAUAUGGAAAAUACUUGAGAUCAAUUUUGUGACUAAUACAGUUCAAAUUAGAAAUAUUUUAAUUACCUUUCUAGAAGUUUUUAGAUUGAAUUCUUGUCUUGUACUAGGAUCUAGCACCUAAUAUAUCUAUUUUUUUACUAUUCUGUGGGUACGUAGUAUAUGGGGGCGGGUAAGUGUUCACCUAGGGGUAGAAGCAUCACUGUUCCAUCCUGGACUUUGUCUGGCAUGGAGACGCAUGGGCAUGGGGCAUUUAGUGAACUAGAAAUUCUUUACCUUAAGCAGCACAUAUACACAUACACAUCUACUGUUAGUUAACCAGGUAGUGUGCUUAGUGUUAAAAAAGAAUCACAAAAUAAGAAAUCUUUCUUUGUUUCUCUUUCAUUCAGCAUUUUUUAGGCACCAAUUUCAAAUUAUUUUGAAAUCUGAGACUUACACAUCUUGUCAUAUGAAAUGUAUUUCUUGAUAUACAUGAAAACGUGACAUAAAAUGUGAGAAAAUCCUGUCUAGUUUUAUGUCCAUUUCAUGUCCAAGUACAUCAUAUCUUUAAAAUUUUAAUCAGAAAGAAUGUUGUAACUUGCCUUUUAAAAACUGCUGCUAUAAGAUCUGCUUAAUAGUUAACCUCAACUCAAUUCUAUUGUGUCAUAGAUUACUUAUCCACUUCCUUUCCUGGAUAUUCAGGUUGUCUCCAUUUUGUUGUUAUUGCAACAUAUUUAUGUACAAAGAUUUUUUUCCUUCAUUCUUUUGUUUUUUAUUUGCUUUGUAUAAAUUCCCAGCAGUGGAAUUCAUGAGGUUAAAGGGUAUCUACAUUUUCACGGCCUGACAAUUUUUCACAAUUUUUUCUGUAAGUUACAUUGAUUUAUACUUCUUCCUUAAUUAAAAUGUAGCUAUUUCACUAA